AUGGGCGUGAAUGUUGAUGUCGUCAUCGUUGGAGCUGGAGCAGCUGGAAUCGGAGCGGCAAUUGAACUGAAUAAAACGUCUCUAUCAUUUGUUGUGCUUGAGGCACGAAAUCGGAUAGGUGGCCGAGCAUACACCGAUAGAGAAACAUUUUCAUCAAUUCCAAUUGAUCUUGGCGCUAGUUGGAUUCAUGAGUAUGAACCAAACAAUCCGAUGUAUUCAUAUUAUCAAAAAUAUAAGGCUCAUAAACAAAAUGACUGUGACGACAAUGAUGAUGAAGAAAUCAUCAAUCUUGAUUAUGACGGCCAAUGUCUCUCAUCUGAAACAGAGCAACAAGCGAAAGUCGUGUGUGCGCAAUUAUUUGAGCAUUUGGAAAAAUUUGCGUGUAAUAAUGAUGAGGAAGAGGAUCAAAGUGUCGAAGAUGUGAUCAAGUCUCACUAUGACCAACUUGUUAAAUCUGAAGGACAAAGAAAACGUAUUAUAGAUAGUUUUCUUGCAACCGUAGAAGUGUAUGAAGCAUCGAAUUUUGCUACACUUUCCGCUAAACAAUGGGAAACAAUCGAUGAGAGUACAAUAUGUGAGAAAUUUGUUUCAUUCGGUUAUGGAACACUACUUGAAUACAUUGUUGAUCAGCAUAAAUUGCCGAUUCGACUGAAUACACUUGUGACACGUAUUGAUACGUGUGAUUCCGAUACAAUCGCCAUAAGAACAUCAAGUAUCUGUUCUCCGAUUAUUUGUCGUCGUGUUGUUGUAACUAUACCAUUGGGUUGUUUAAAACAAGAAACGAUCGUAUUCGAACCUCCUCUACCCGAAUGGAAACGUCAAGCUAUUUUUCAAAUGGGUCUUGGCCUGAUGAACAGAUUUGUUCUACAAUUUUCUGAACAAUUCUGGGAUGCAAAGAAGACAAUUCUGUUGCGUACAUGCACCGAACAACGAGGUCGGUUCUUGUACACAGUCUGUCUACCUUCACCAGCCAAUAUUAUCAUAUUUCUUAUCACUGGUAUCUAUGCUCAUGAGCUAGAGCAACUGACAGAUGCUGAAAUACUUGAACAGGUGAUGAUCUUUCUUCGACAAAUCUUUCCUCAAUCACAAGUACCUGACCCUAUCAAGAGUAAAUUUACAAGAUGGUCUCAAGACCCUUUUGCUUUCGGUGCUUACUCCAACUAUGCUGUCAAUUCGAAUGAACAAACUGUUAAACUACUGGCUCGAGAGACAGCCGAUGGACGAGUGCAUUGGGCCGGUGAACAUACUUAUUUUAAUAGUAGUACGGAUGAAUGGAUGCAUGGAUGUGUUCAUAGUGCUUUUCAAAGUGGCCGCCGAGCUGCCUUAGCCAUAAAAGAUCAACUUGAUUCUUCUUCCUUUUCUUUAUCUAAGUAA